AUGGAGUCACCCAAGAGAUUCCUUGGUGCAAUUUUCAUUUCUUUCUUCUACCUCGCUGCCUCUCUUGCUUUCGCUGAUCACCAUGAGAGUGCCCAUCCAAUUCCAGUUGGACAUGGUCCGAAGUUAGGUCUUUCGCCAGAUUUCUACAAAUCCACAUGCCCACAAGCUGAUGAGAUUGUGGUAUCUGUCCUGAAGAAGGCUAUAGCCAAAGAGCAACGGAUUGCCGCUUCGCUUCUGAGGCUCCUUUUCCAUGACUGCUUUGUUCAGGGGUGCGAUGCGUCAGUUCUGCUGGAUGACAGCGAAGGAGUCCUAAGCGAGAAAAAUGCUCUUCCCAACAAGAAUUCCAUUAGAGGAUUCGAAGUCAUAGAUGAGAUCAAAGCUGCACUAGAAGAAACAUGUCCACACACAGUCUCUUGUGCUGACACUAUCGCCCUUGCUGCCAGAGGUUCAACAGUACUGAGUGGUGGACCAUAUUGGGAACUUCCGCUAGGGAGGAGGGAUUCAAAGACAGCAUAUAUGAAGCUAGCAAAUAAGAACCUUCCUCCACCGAAUGCAACACUGCAUCGUCUUAUAAAGUUCUUCGGAAGGCAAGGACUGGAUAAAGUUGACCUUGUAGCACUAUCAGGUAGUCACACCAUUGGAAUGGCCAGAUGUGUCAGCUUCAAACAACGGCUCUACAAUCAGCAUAGAGAUAACAAACCAGACGUGACACUGGAGAAAAGGUUUCAUUACAAAUUAGCAUCAGUCUGCCCACGCACUGGAGGUGACAACAACAUAACUCCACUAGACUUUGCCAGCCCUCCAAAGUUUGACAACAGCUAUUACAAGUUGAUAGUGGAGGGGAAAGGUCUUCUUAACUCAGAUCAGGUUUUGUGGACCGGAAAAGACCCAGAAAUAGCACAUCUGGUCACAAGUUACGCAGAAAAUGAAUCAUUGUUCUUUGAACACUACGUGAACUCAAUAAUCAAGAUGGGCAACAGAAAUCCCCUCUUGGGUUACGAUGGGGAAAUUCGCAAGAACUGCCGCAGGGUUAAUCAUGUCCUCUAG